AUGGAUAAACCACUAUUAUCUUUGUAUAAUAAUAUUAAAAAUGACAUAAAAUGUAUAAACUUGGUUAGAAGAUUUUAUCGCACAAAACAUCGCAAGAAGGUUAGUAUAGAGUUGAAUAAACCUUCCCUCUAUGAUCCCAAGAGAACAGCUCCUAGUAAGCUCUUGAAGGCUAAUUUAUUCACACCUGAAUCAGCAGGACCGCGAGAGCUUUCUAUGCUCUGUUUCUGGAUUGUUAACUAUGGAUAUGCUGACUAUUGUAUUCUCAGCAGAUACGUUCAAUGUGCAAUUGACAACAUCAAGAAACUUAAGAUUAAAAGUCUUGCUCUAAUUUUUCAUUCCACUUCUAAAUUCAUCUAUAACAAUACCAUAUCAUUUAUAGAAGCAAGUCAACAAAAUUCACAAUCAAACGAAUCUAAUAGUGAGCCUAAAAUUGAGUUUGAUGAAUAUGUAGAAAGGGAACAAUUGAUUAGAAAAUGUAUGAAAUUAAUCAUUGAAGCAUCACCAAUACUACCUAACCUGUUUAUUAACGCUGUUCCUAAGGAUUUAGGGAUGAUUUCAUUAUCAAUUAUCAAUAUUUAUGAAUCAUUUUUAAAUGAAUGUGAUACCAAUACUGAGUCUGCUACUGUCAAUUUAGACUUAAAAUCUAUAACUUUAAAAAUUAACAAACUGCUUCACAGGCUAAGUGAAGAAAUUAUACCAAAAUUGCCAUUUUGUGAAAUUGACGAGUUUGCAGCAUUUGCAAAGUCGUUUUCUAAGAUUAACACUGACUGGUCAAGACACUUUAUGCGUGAGUUAUCACUUGAGAUUUCGAGUCUUUUGAUGGAAAAAAUAGAGGAUUUGGAGCUUUUGAAGCAGAAUAAGUACAUUGGCGAGGAUUUAAUUGAAGAACUGAACAAGUUUCCCAAGGAACUUUCAACAGUAACGUGUGCUCUUUCGAGGCUUAAAAUUAAUGAAAAACGGUUCUGGGAACGUUCAGAAACUCUAAUUUCACUAAUGAUAGAAUUGAUGGAUAAGGAUUUUGGUAUAAAGGAAAUUGACAUAACUACCCUAACACUACUUUGCACAUCUAUGUGUAACUAUACCAAUGUUACUCCUGUGGUCAUGGAAUUACUUAGAGUUUGUGAUAAAUCGCAUCAACCUUCUAUUUUAGUUGGUUUUAACACGUGUGUAAGAUUUCUAAAGGACGAUUCUUUAUCUUCAAAAUUCUUAGAAUUAGUUGAUAUGGACCAUGUUAUGGAAUUAGACUCAAAAUUGGUCUCCCAAUUUAUCCUAAACUGUUGUAAAUCCACUUGUGAUUGUACUAAAAUUAUUGAUAAAAUUUCUUCAUUCCCACCUGAUCAACUGGAUAAUGAACUUUUAUCCACAGUUUAUAUUUGUAACAAACAGUUGAAAAUUAGCCCUGAAACUAAAAUUGACCUGUGUAACAGAUUAUUUGAGAAUGCGGAUUCAUUGCAAACAAACCUAUUGGUAACGAUUUUAUUAACUAGUAUUCACUCUAUUGAUGAAGAAUGUGUUAAGAAUUUAUGUAAAAAGGUUUUAGAUGUAUUGUAUAAUAGGAGUGAGGAACUUCCUGAUAGUGUUAUACCUUCACUACUCUCUUUAGUUUUAGACCAUUUUCCUGGAAAUUUGGACAUUAUUAAGAGGUUUUGCAAGAAAAUUGACAAUUCUGAUUUUAAUAUUGAGGAACUCUCACAUAUUUUUACUCAAAUUCAAUCUAUGGGUCUGAACAUCAACAAGCUUUUCACUAAAAACUUCACUAAAAUUAAGGAAAUCAAUGACGUCCAGCAUGAUUAUUCAUUUGAUCCUGAACAGUCAGAUUCAUAUGACAACAGUUUGGAAUUGAGUACAAAUAAUGAAUCUUUUGAUAUCAAAUUUACUGAAUGCGGUCAGGAUGAUUUUGAUAUAAAAUUUACUGAAUGUGACCAGGAUGAGAUAAUGAAAAUUUCUAAACAAACACUUCAGAAACCUGAAAGUGUUCCAUUUCUCAACUUGGAUGAUUUUAAGGAUUUAAGAACUCCAAACAACACUCCCCAAUUUAACGUUACUAAGUUCCCAACAAAUUAUGAUAAUACCACUUAUACACCUGAUAGUAGUGAUAAAGUUGUAUUUAGGGGAUUACCAAACGCUAACACUGUUGAUGAGCUUAAAACCCAGUGGUCGAACUUCAGACAUAAUACACACUAA